AUCUAUCGGAACAAAAAAGGGAAUUGAAAAAAAUGAGGAGAUUUAGAUUACUAGGUUGCGCGAUCUUCUUUAUGUUUCUGGGUUUCAUUGACGAGCCUGCUGGCGUUGAAGCAUGGAGUAAAGAGGGUCAUAUGAUGACAUGUCGCAUUGCACAGGGUCUUCUGAACGAGGAGGCAGCGCAUGCUGUGAGCAUGUUGUUGCCGGACUACGUCGACGGCGACUUGUCGGCGCUGUGCGCAUGGCCGGACCAAGUGAGACACUGGUAUAAAUACCGGUGGACUAGCCCACUCCAUUUCAUCGACACCCCCGAUCAAGCUUGCAACUUUGAUUAUGACAGGGACUGCCAUGAUCAACAUGGAGUGAAGGAUAUGUGUGUUGCCGGUGCCAUCCAAAACUUCACCACUCAGCUCUCUCACUACCGGGAUGGAACUUCCGAUCGUCGACAUAAUAUGACUGAGGCUUUGCUGUUCUUGGCACAUUUUAUGGGAGAUAUCCAUCAGCCAAUGCAUGUCGGAUUCACAACCGAUGAAGGAGGAAACACUAUAGAACUGCGUUGGUUUAGGCACAAGUCAAACUUGCACCAUGUAUGGGACAGAGAAAUAAUCCUCACGGCAGCAAAAGAUUACUACGGCAAUGAUGUAAACCUUCUUCAAGAAGACAUCAAUAGAAAUUUCACUGACGGGAUAUGGACCGAUGAUGUUGUGUCAUGGAAGGAGUGUAGUGCCGAUCUCUUCUCUUGCGUAAAUAAGUAUGCUGUAGAGAGUAUAAAUUUAGCCUGCAAAUGGGGUUACAAAAAUGUGGAGGCUGGUCAAACUCUGUCAGAUGAUUACUUCAACUCGAGGCUUCCAAUUGUGAUGAAACGUGUAGCCCAGGGUGGAGUCCGAUUGGCUGCGAUUCUGAAUCGGAUUUUUGGAGAAUCCAACCAAGAUUCAUUUUGAGUGGCAGCUUAACCUCUCACUCAUUUCAUUAUAUAGAAAUUAAUGGCAAAGUUAAAAGUUGAAUGUCACUAGAUAGCUGGCUAGCACCUGAUUGUACUAUUGAUCUCACAAUGUGCAUAAUGUAAUUUAUUUGAAUCUUUAAAAAA